CCCACAGGCUUGCCGGCGCAGCCGCCGAGGGCCUGGCGGUGCCCUUCACCUUCUGUGAGCUGCGGCGGGCCCGAGCGGAGCCCGCCUCCUGGCCUGUGAGGAAACAUGUCGCUAGCGGCCGAAGCCUUCGUGACUCAAAUCGCAGCUGCAGAACCCUGGCCUGGAAAUGCUGCAUUGUAUCAGCCAUUGAAAGAGGAGCAAAUUUUACUUUCUGACAAUGCGGCUUGCCUUGCUGUUCAGGCUUUUUUACAAAUGUGCAGUCUGCCUGUCCAGUUAGUUCACAGGGCAAAUGCUGAGUACAUGUCUCCAUCUGGGAAAGUGCCCUUUAUUCAUGUAGGAAAUCAAGUAGUUUCUGAACUUGGUCCCAUUGUUCAGUUUGUAAAAGCAAAGGGCCAUUCACUUAGUGACGGGUUGGAUGAAGUCCAAAAAGCAGAGAUGAAAGCCUACAUGGAAUUAGUCAAUAAUAAACUUUUGACAGCCGAGCUGUAUCUUCAGUGGUGUGAUGAUGCUACAGUCCAGGAGAUUACUCAUCCAAGAUAUGGAUCUCCUUAUCCUUGGCCUCUGAAUCAUAUUUUGGCUUAUCAGAAACAAUGGGAAGUCCGACGGAAGAUGAAAGCCAUUGGUUGGGGUUGCAAGUCAUUUGAUCAGGUGCUAGAAGAUGUCGAUCAGUGUUGUCAAGCCCUUUCUCAAAGGCUUGGAACACAACUGUAUUUCUUCAAUAAGAAGCCAACUGAGUUAGACGCUUUGGUGUUUGGACAUCUGUUCACCAUCCUGACUACCCAGCUGAUCAGUGAUGAACUAUCUGAAAAAGUGAAAAGCUACAGUAACCUCAUAUCGUUUUGCAGAAGAAUAGAGCAGCACUACUUUGAGGGCCGUGCUAAAGACGCAACAUUCAGGCUGUCCUUGAUAAGUUGAAUGUUAUAUGGCAGUCGAAGGCUUGAAAUAGGAGCUUUGGUUUUUGUUUUAAAAAGACUAGACAUGAGUUUGAAAACAGGGCUGGUUGCGCUAUUUCUGUUUGAAACUGCCAAACCGUACUACCCGGAAAAAGGAUCUGCUUGUGUUGAAUUCAAUGAACUUGUUAGUAUUUAAGACACAAUUUACUGGAGUUUUUCAUUAAAUAGCCUGCAUGCUAUUUGAAUUUCACUCUGAAGAGCCCUUGAAACAACACUGUAUGAAAAUAUAACAAUAAAAUCUACAAGGAUUGUAUUAAUACUGUUUUCUAGCAUCGGCCUAAGCAAUUGCUGCUGGUUAUUCAAUAGUGUAUUCAGAGUUACCGCAUUCAGUAGAGUUCAUAAAUUGGCUAUGUGAUCAAGCUAUUUAGAUGCUUACAUUUUAGAAGUGAGAAGUUAACUCUGUUUAGUUUUCAGUAUAGUUUGCAUUUCUGUAGAAGAAGCCUCCAUCAUUAAAACAACUAUAAUCAAUUCCAAUAGAAUUAUUUAAAAUAACAUGGCAGCAAAAUAAAUGAUUACUUUCUAACAGUAAAAGGAGUGCUCCCUGUGCCAGGUAUAAAAGAAGGAAAACUGGGCCUCUUACACUCAAAGCAGGGGCUCUUCGUGCAUGAAGGUGUGCAGAAAAAAGAUGAGGAAUGUGCAUAUUCCAUGGAAUGUUGUGAGUAGUUGAGAAUAAGUUGUAUGUAUGUGUAAAGCGCUGUCAAGUCACCACCAAAUUAUGGCAACCCCAUAGGGUUUCCGAGCCAAGAUAUGAACAGAGGUGGUUUGCCAUUGCCUGCCUCUGCGUGGCAACCCUGGACUUCCUUGGUGGUCUCCCAUCAAAGUAUUGACCGGGACCAACCCUGCUUAGCUUCUGAGAUCUGACAAGUUCAGGCUAGCCUGGGCCAUCCAGGUUGGGGCAAGAGUAAGUUAAGAGAAGCAAAAGGGGAGGGGGGAUAUAGGAAAAUUGACCCGCUCAAGCCCCCAAGAGUCUAUAGUAGAGUCAUAGAAGGGGAGAUUGGGAUGUUGAGGGGAGUGGGGUUUUCCAAAUUGUUUUCCCCACCUUGUGAGCACCCAAUGUUAAAGUUAAUGGCUAAAUGCCUGUCAGUAACUUGACCACACAGACAAAAUAGGGUGUUUGAUGUAUACACAGAACUCUCCCAAUUAUAGAGAAAAUAUUACUUCAUUAAUUAAAGCUGGAGAAAACUGCCCUGACCACAGUCACACAUACCUUGGUAAUACCCAGGCUUAACUACUGUUGCAUGUCGUAUAUGGGAUUACCCUUGAAGAGAGGAAGUUUCAAUUAGUCCAGAAUGUGGCAGCGUCUGUCCUUUUAUAGGUCUCCACUGGGGUGAUCACUGGAGUUACACCAUCUACACCGGCUUGCAGUCUGUUUCCACACUCAAUACAAGUUGCUGAUUUUCAUUUCUAAAGCCCUAAAAUGGCCAAGGCCCAGAAUAGCUACAGGACCCCCUCUACAGGUAUCAAUCAGCCCAAGACUUGAGGUCAGCCGGGGAGCCUUCCUCCAGGAACCCAACUGGCAGUGGUUCGGCUGGUGGAAUCCAUAGGAGGUGUCAUUCAUGACCCCUUCUGACCAGACCAGUGACUCUGACUUGGAGAGCUCAGAGGAAGAGCCUGAGGAAGAGCAGUGGGAGGGAAAAUACUUCCCUUCGUUGGCUGUAAUAUUUCAAUUACAAUCUUCUGUUUCAAAAGAUGAAUUUUUUUUAGCAAACCCUUGUUUAUCAAGCUAUCGUCUUACUGUUGAUUUACAGGUAAAGCCACUGGAAGGCUCUUGGUUUUCGGACUCAGAUCCUCAGUUUAGCUACCACAGAAGCUUCUGCAGUACUGUUCCAUGCAACUUCAGAGAAAACUUUGGGUAAAGAAUGUGGUACAGGAUUUACAGCUGCUACUCCUGUAUCCUGUAAAUAAAAAUAGCUGGCAGGAGCAUCUGUGUGAACUUCUACACCCUCCAUUCACUUUUAUUCACUGCAGCGGAAUAUGCUGUGCUUUCAGCUAACGCAGGAAGUGAAAAUGGGUGCAAAUAGAGCCAAUUUCAUCUCAAAAGGAAGCAGCUGCAAAGGAAUAUGAUUGUAUUCUGCAACUAUAUCUGAGAAAAAUGUACAAUAGAGGCUGAAAGAACUAUGGGUAGGUUAAAGAGCACUAGGUUCAGGAGCUAAUAAUCAUACACAUUUUAUAGCUAGGUUGUUAACAAGGCUGAGAUUGCAAAUUAGAUUUUUCUGAUGAUUAUAGGUAUAAAAGUUCUAAAACUUCCCCAGAGUAAUUGUAGCAGCAGGUACUCCUGGGGGGGCAGGGUUGAGAUUUAUUUUAUUUGUUGUUUCUCUGGUUCUCCAUCUAGGACAGGAAGAUUUCUUUCUCUUUCCCCACCCCCCAAGAUUUGUAGCCCUCAUCCCCUUUAUUUGCAGGAACUGUAAUUAAUACCAUUAGAAACUAGAGGUUGAUGGGGAAGGACUUGUCCCACUAAAAAUUUCCUUUUGUGUCACAUUUGCUAGCUAACCAGUCAUCAUAAGAGAUCUGGAAGGAAUUUUUCCACGAGUCAAGUUGAGUAGCUGGGAUUUCUUUCUUACGUAACAUUUGACUUAAGAGUACUGAUGUAGUCAUGUAAAGAUGUGAGCUUUGAAUAUGCUAAUCUGCUAUAUCAUAUACAUGGAACAAGUAAGAAUUUUACUCAUACGAGUACCUUGCAAAUUCUCUUGUUAAUGCUGUUAAUUACAUGCUGGUUUUAGCUGAUGCCUGUCCUGCCUGGUAAUGGCUGGAUUUAAUAAAGCAAACUAAAAA